GUUGUAUUGGCACUGGAAUACCUACACGAGCGCAACAUCGUACACCGCGAUAUUAAACCCGAUAACAUGCUGAUAGACUUCAACGGGCACCUCAAACUCACCGAUUUUGGACUAUCUCGGGUGCAAUUAAAAGAGCCUAGUAUAGCGCGUGUGGACGUUCCUUUGGUAGCACCUAAUAACGCUUUGAGACAGAGUGUGACCACGACUGCGCUGAGUACACACGGUGCAAUGAGGGAUCUCAAUGCGGCAGCCAGUGUGAUGUCGUCGGUAACCACGGAAAC